AUGGUCUCAGUGUGGGAUGCUGACUGGUUUGCUGAGCUGAGACAUUACAUUCUCUCCCCUGCAGUGGCCGUUACAGAACCCCGUACACUAGUCGCCCGCAGAGUGACAGAAGUAGCUCAGUCCACUCUGGAUAUGGUCUCCACCGCAGUGGACUACCCCCUAUGUUUCGUAAAGGGAGUUGCAAGACCAGACUAUUGGAUCCCAGACCAUGAGAUCACCCAGUGCCACAGCUGUACUAAACCCUUCACCCCCAGCAUGUCCAAGCACCACUGCCGGGCAUGCGGUCAGGGAGUGUGCGGGAACUGCUCGAUAAAGACCAGGCCAGUGCCCUCUCGUGGGUGGGACCACCCUGUGCGAGUGUGUGAUGGCUGCGCUGACAGCAGGGAUUCCCUGUGACCUUGCUGUGCCUCUGUAGUGCUGCUCUAAUACAACUUGGUGCUCAGAUGCAGGUUGUAGGCAGUUUUCAUCCUUAGCCAGUGUAAUCGGGGCUGGGAGGAAGAUGAAACCCACUGCAGUUGCAUAGACAAACACUCAGGCUCUUCAAAGCAUUAGAGAGUGAUGAUAUCUGGGUUAUAUUUCAUCUCAAAAUCAAAAGAGAAAAAUGCUAAAUGAUAUGUUG